AUGCGAAAAGCUGGAGAAGUAACAUUUGCCGACUGUCAUAAAGACCGCGAUGGGGAAGGAUCUCCCCGUCGUAGUUCUCGCCGAUCUCCUUCACGCUCUCCACGUCGAAGUUCCCGCCGUUCUCGUUCAAGGUCCAAGACCCCACCUCCUAAUGGAAAAGAUCAUAGCUCUCGCUCUCCUUCGCCUCGCCGUGGACGUGAGGAUUCUCGCAGUCCUAAAAGAAGCCGAUCCAGAAGUGGUGAACGAGAGCGUGUCCACGAUGAUGACAAGGAUAUGAAAGACGAUUGA